AGGGCGGGAGCUUGGUCAUCUGACUCGGUGACCCGGGCACCGACGCUUCUUUCCCUGUAUCCUGGGCAAGAAGGCAAGUUUGAGGACUGCUCGGACAGACCGCUGAGCAGCCAUGCGACCGUCCCCGCAUCGGACCCCCGAGCUACUGCUGGCGCUGCUGGCGCUGGCGGCGCAGGCCUCGGCCCAGCAGACACCCGCACUGUGGCCCUGGCCGCGCUCCGUGAAGGUGUCCCCGGAGCUGCUGAACAUCGCCCCGGAAAACUUCCUUAUCUCCCACGGUCCGAAUUCCACGGCGGACCCCUCCUGCUCGCUGCUGCAGGAAGCCUUUCGGAGAUAUUACAAAUAUAUUUUUGGUUUCUACAAGAGGCAUCAUGGCCCUGCUAAGUUUCAAGGUGGAGCUCAGUUAGAGCAACUUCAGGUGUCAAUUACCCUCCAGUCACAGUGUGAUUCCUUCCCUACUGUGUCCUCAGAUGAGUCCUAUUCUCUACUUGUGCAGGGACCAGUGGCUUUCCUCAAGGCUAACAGAGUUUGGGGAGCAUUACGAGGUUUAGAGACAUUUAGCCAGUUAGUUUACCAAGACUCUUAUGGGGCCUUCACCAUCAACAAAUCCAUUAUUACUGACUCUCCAAGGUUUGCACACAGAGGAAUUUUAAUUGAUACAUCCAGACACUACCUGCCCGUGAAGACAAUUUUAAAAACUCUAGAUGCCAUGGCUUUUAACAAGUUUAAUGUUCUUCACUGGCACAUAGUGGACGACCAGUCUUUUCCUUAUCAGAGUACCGCGUUCCCUGAGCUAAGCAAUAAAGGAAGCUAUUCUUUGUCUCAUGUCUAUACACCAAGAGAUGUCCAAAUGGUGCUUGAAUAUGCCCGGUUCCAAGGAAUUCGAGUUAUACCAGAAUUUGAUACCCCUGGACAUACACAGUCUUGGGGAAAAGGUCAGAAAGACCUUCUAACUCCAUGUUACAUCGAAAAAAAGGAAACUGAAAGAGUUGGACCUAUAAACCCAACUCUAAAUACAACUUAUACAUUCUUUAACACAUUUUUCAAUGAAAUCAGCAGUGUGUUUCCAGAUGAGUUCAUUCAUUUGGGAGGAGAUGAAGUAGAUUUCCAGUGUUGGUCAUCAAAUCCUAAUAUCCAAGAUUUCAUGCAGAAAAAGGGGUUUGGUAAGAACUUUAAAAGACUGGAAUCUUUCUAUAUUAAAAACAUUUUGGAUAUUAUUACAUCCUUGAAAAAAGGCUCCAUUGUUUGGCAAGAGGUUUUUGAUGAUAAAGUAGAGCUUCAGCCGGACACAGUGGUUGAAGUGUGGAAAAAUGAAAAUUAUUUGGCGAAGCUAGAAGAAGUCACAUUUUCUGGCUUCAAAGCAAUCCUUUCUGCUCCUUGGUACUUAGACAUCAUUAGCUACGGGCAAGACUGGAAAAAAUACUACACAGUAGAGCCUCUUAAAUUUGACGGUUCUGUGAAGCAGAAACAACUUGUCAUUGGUGGAGAAGCUUGCCUAUGGGGAGAAUACGUGGAUGCAACUAACCUUAUUCCAAGAUUAUGGCCUCGGGCAAGCGCUGUUGGUGAGAGACUCUGGAGUCCUGAAACUGUCAUUGACAUAGAUGAUGCCUACAGCAGACUGGUGAGACACCGCUGCAGAAUGGUCAGCCGUGGAAUAGCUGCACAACCUCUUUUUACUGGACAUUGUGGCCAUUAGCAUAAAGUGAAAAAGUGAACAGAAAAGGCUUCAGCAGCUUGAACUAUAAUCAUGUUGAUUUUGAAAUCAUGUAAAACUAUUUGUUAGGUUUUGUUUUGUUUUUUUUUAAUAAACCAUCUUUUUAUUGAUUGACUACCUGUUGUAUCGCACACUGAAUACUGGCAUCUAUUAUGUGAGCAUCUUAAAAAAUAAAAGGAAAAGCUUUGUGAUACCA